AUGCGUUUAUCCGAAAAUAUUAUUAAAUUUAAAUAAUGGGGAUCGUGUUCUCUAUAUUGAGAACCGGCUACAGCCCGUGAAUCCACGCUGAGUCAUAUGAUGGCAGGAAGCAAAGGUUACCGGCUAUUCCAGUCACUCUCUCAAGUUCACUACUCGUACUUGCUCAGUCGGUCAUACCCUUCGCUUUCCAUUACUUGUUAUUCUCUCUGGGUAUUGAUUCUGUGUUUGUGUUCAACCCUCUGUUUCUGAUAAAGGCAUCGCCGUUUCGCUCUGUAAGAUACACUCUAGCAACAAUGAAGACUCCCAAGGGUAAAGGGGCAGCAAAGGUCACAAAGGAAGCCUUGAAGCCUGCUGAUGACAGAAAGGUUGGAAAGAGGAAGGCAGCAGCUGUUCCUGAUAAAAUUAGCAAACAAAAAGCUAAGAAGGAGAAAAAGGCGAAGAAAGACCCAAACAAACCAAAGAGGCCUCCUAGUGCUUUCUUUGUCUUCCUUGAGGAGUUUCGAAAGACUUUCAAGAAAGAGAAUCCUAAUGUGACAUCUGUAGCUGCUGUUGGGAAAGCUGGAGGAGAGAAGUGGAAAUCAAUGUCUCCUGCUGAAAAAGCUCCGUAUGAAGCCAAAGCUGCCAAAAAAAAGGAUGAGUAUGGAAAGCUUAUGAAUGCCUACAACAAGAAGCAGGAGAGCACAGCUGAUGACGCUAAUGCAGAGUCAGACAGGUCAAAGUCUGAAGUGAAUGAUGAAGAUGAUGAGGCUACUGGAGAGGAAGGGGAAGAGGAAGAGGAAGAGGAAGAAGAUGAUGAUGAUUGAAAUUGGAUGGUUUUGAUUUUGGGCAUCAUGUGAUUUAAAGGAUAGAUUUUUGGAUCUUGUAGAUGCAUAUUGAUAGGUUGUAUUUGGUAUUGUUGAAUUUUAAGCAGGGAAGGAACUUUUCCUUCUUUUUUUUUUUUUUCUAACCAAAGGUCCAAAGCAGGAAAAUUAGUGCCUUGUCAGUUACUGGACACUAAACAUGAGCCGUCUCAGUUUAGCUAAAUACCAUAUCUAUAGUUUGUAAUCUCA